UCAACUCAACAACUUUCCCCUACACUUCCAGCAGUGAAAUUCAGUGUACACACCCUCAAACCCAAUAAAACGAAUCUUGUCUAACAAACAAUUAGUAACUGUAAAUAAUAAUAAUAGUUUAUUCUAUGUACACUGGGUGAAUUGAUAAGGAAGCGAAGGUUAAUUUCGGACAGUGCUAGAACCAGUCUUACUGCAACCGGAGAGUACUAAGCAGACUCAGUCUCCGGCAAGUAAUUAUGUCCUUUAUUCGAGUGUUCUUCGUCCUUAGUGUAGUAUUGGUGUAUCAAGCGGUCAGCGGAAAAGUGUGCGAUGAUUCUAAUGAAUUUCGUUGUAAGGACGGAUCGUGCAUUAGUGUCGAUAAUGUGUGCAAUGGACGGGUAGAUUGUCUAGAUCAUUCUGAUGAACUGAAUUGCGUUGAUAAAACAUGUCUUAAUCCUGAAUGGUUUCUAUGCGCCGACAACAGAACGUGUCUCUCACAUAAAUUCGUAUGUGAUGGUCAUGAAAAUUGUCCGAUUGGCGAUGAUGAAAAAGGAUGCGGCACAGUUCCAGAAAAACGUCCUGGCGCCCAUUGCUCCAAGUAUGAGUACACGUGUGACGACAAAACAUGUAUAGCAUUGGGCCUACAGUGCGAUGGAAAGAAAGAUUGCGCAGAUGGGUCCGAUGAAAGCAGCGGUUGUGGGAAAUUGGAGAAAGACUGUCCAGGAUAUUUUUGCAAGAACAAAAAGUGCUUAACCGACCCAGCCUGGGUCUGUGAUGACCAGGAUGAUUGCGGCGAUGGAAGCGAUGAGGAUGGAUGUUUGUCUCACUGCAAGCUAGAAAACGACCAAUUUCAUUGCGUAGGAGAUUCUACUUGCAUACCUCUGGAUAAGGUUUGCGAUGGCAAAUUGGACUGCAAAGAUAAAACCGACGAACAUCACCUCUGUAGUAAUUCCACAGAAUCUUGCAAGAAGCUAGGAUGUCCCGAGAAAUGUCACGUGCUUCCCACUGGACCGGUCUGUAUAUGUAAAGAUGGCUAUCAAUUCAAUGAUACAUCCAAGCAAUGCGAGGACAUUGAUGAAUGCACCAUCUACGGCAUUUGUGACCAUGGUUGCGUCAAUACGAAGGGCUCUUACUAUUGUACGUGUGAGAAAAAAUUCAAACUGAACCGCGAUAAGAAAUCCUGUGUCGCCCAAGACGGAGACCCGUUGAUGUUAUAUACAACCCAGAAAACAGUUGUCGGAGUAAAUUUGAGAAGUCGCCACUUUUACCAAGUGGCCCAGUUUCUUUCGCAGGUAAUAGGAGUGACUUACGAUGGAAUGUAUAUCUACUGGACUGAUAUCAACCAAAACGAAGAGAGCAUAGAAAGAGCAAACAUCGACGGAAGCAAGAGGGAAGUACUAUUCACAGUCGGUUUAGAAACACCGGAAGACAUAGCUAUCGACUGGUAUACGGGCAACCUAUAUUUCACAGAUAACAGCAACAAGCACAUGGCUGUGUGCUCCAAUCACGGUCAUUACUGCAUGAUUUUGAUUCAGUAUGAAAUGGACCAGCCUCGAGGUGUAGUCGUUGAUCCACCCAAGGGCAAACUUUAUUGGUCAGAUUGGGGCGCCAAACCCCACAUUGGCAGAAGUUCAAUGGAUGGGACGAAUGUAGAGACGUUUAUCAAAACGGAUAUCCACUGGCCCAAUGGUUUAUGUUUGGACACUCCAAAUGAACGACUCUAUUGGGUUGACGCGAAAUUUGGGAAAAUUCAAAGCAUAAAACUGGAUGGCACCGACAGACGUGUUGUUCUUGAGAAAGUCCCCAAGCAUCCUUACGAAAUUGCCAUUUUUGAAAACAGGCUGUAUUGGUCCGACUGGGGUACGUCCAGUAUUCACUCCUGUGACAAGUUCAACGGAAAAAAUCAUGAGGUUAUAAUAAAGGAUCGAAAAAUCUAUGACAUUCAUAUCUACCAUCCAGCAUUAAUGCAAAAAGGAAAUCACUCAUGUUUGAAUCAUCAUUGCUCGCAUAUGUGUUUGUUGAAUGAUGAAGGAUCCUUCACAUGCGCAUGUCCUGAAGGCUCGAUGCUGGAAGUCGAUAUGCGAACCUGCCGCGAAUUUGAAAAGAAACAAAAACUUUUUUUGGGAGUCAGCAACUACCUGGUGAUCUUAGAGCACACGAAAUUCGGUCGUCACAAAAUUGGAGAUGGAAUACCUUUCGAUUUUUAUAUUCAUAAAAUGGCAUACAACUCGGUGAAUGGGACCGUCUUCAUUGCUGAUAAUGUCCAAAGGAUCAUUUAUGAGGUAAAUGUGAACAAUCGAAAAGUUACGAGGCUCGUUACGAAAGGAGUGGAAAAUGUAACAUCUCUAUCGUUUGAUAGUCUUAGCCACAACUUGUAUUGGACAGAUUCAAGCCUUCAAACCAUCGAAGUCAUAUCCCUGCAGAAUAGACAACGCGCAAUUGUUCAUCGUUACUCAGGGGACGUUGUUCCUUUGGCUCUUAUGAUUUUACCAGAAGUCGGAAAACUAAUCAUAGCCCUCCGGUCAGGAAUCAACACCCAAAUCGACUACAUAUCGAUGCAUGGCCAUCGCCAACAUCAUCACUUUGCAGAAGAUUCAAUUGGUUACGGUGAAAUUCAAUUCGUGGUGGAUCCUAAAUCACAAACUGUCUUUUGGCUUGAUUCAGACGAGGAUAAAAUUGAAUUCACUGACUAUGACGGUUCCAUUCGUCACCUAUUUCGAACAUUCCUCCAUAAUCCAGUUUCAAUGGCUCUUCUGAAUGAGGACGUAAUCUGGACCUCUCUAGGAACACGAGACAUUUACUGGACACAUCGUAGUAAUUUAGCCUCCGUUAAAAAAUUCACUAUUGAAAAGCUUCCCUACAUGAGUGUUCCGGACGUAAUACCAAUUGUAGCCUCUAGUCCUCAGUUAAUCCUAGAUCAUCCGUGCUUGCAUGACAAUGGAGGGUGUUCGCAUGUUUGCAUAGCAGCGGGUAAGAAAUCAGUGUACUGCCUUUGUCCUGCUGGUUUAGUUUACAAGGAUCAUCAAAAUAAAACCUGCAUUGAACUUCUUGACUGCGAAUUCCGAUGUAACUCUGGAGAAUGUACUACUAUGUCCAGACGAUGCAAUGGUCAUAAGGACUGCGUAGAUGGCUCCGAUGAAGCAGAUUGUAACAAGAAAAAAGGAGUGACAUGCAAAUUGAACGAGUUCACAUGUCACAACGAGCAACAAUGCAUCAAACAGGACCUUCGAUGUGAUAAACAUCCCGAUUGUGAGGACAAAUCUGAUGAAGAGAACUGUGAACACUAUGACCAUGCAACGAAAUGUCAUAGAAUGCAGUUCGUAUGCGAUAAUGGACGAUGUAUUGAUCCAUUGUCCUUAUGCGAUGGAACUGAUGAUUGCGGUGAUAAUACGGACGAGACAUCGAUUUGUAAAAGUGGAAAUUAUUGUGGUCCAGAUAUGUUCAGAUGCACGUCAGGACAAUGCAUUCCCAAACAAUGGGAAUGUGAUGGUCAUUUGGACUGUAAAUCAGGCUCAGAUGAACACGAUAAAUGUCCCCCGAAAUCCUGUCCAUCAGGAACAUUCCGAUGUGUGCAUGGAAUGUGCAUCGAUAAAUCACUAAAAUGUAAUGGCCAUAAUGACUGCGGUGACUAUUCCGAUGAAAUUGACUGCGAUCCUAAAAGAAAACCCAACAAUACUUGCGGAAAUAGUACUGACCACCUGGAAGGAGACCCUACAAUGUUUCAAUGCACCUCGGACCCAAAAAUAUGCCUGGUAAACUCAGCAAAAUGCAAUGGGACCAGUGAGUGUCCCCGGGGCGAAGACGAAGCUGACUGCCACGGAUGUCGCCAUGAUGAAUUUCAAUGCGUUGGAACAGACGUAUGCAUACUCAAAGAAUUCCGAUGCGACCACGAGAAAGAUUGUGAAGACGGUAGUGACGAAUUACAUUGUGACAAUUACAACGCGACAGAUGUUCAUAAUUUCGCCAUGGCAUGCCACGAAGGCAUGUUUGAUUGCAAGGAUGGAACCUGCAUAGACUCACUGAGGGUUUGCGAUGGAGUCCGCGACUGCAGCGAAGGUGAAGAUGAGCUGAGUGCCUGCCAAACGUCCUGCCUUAACCAUCACUGUGAACAUAUAUGUAAACCGUCGCCUUAUGGGGCUGUUUGCGGAUGUCAUCCAGGAUAUCGGCUAUCUGGGAAUAAGAAAAUGUGUGAAGAUAUCAAUGAAUGUGUAGAAGAACACCCUUGUGCUCAGCGAUGUGAGAACAAUCCAGGAUCAUUCAUGUGUAGAUGUUAUCCUGAUUUUCUGCUCUGGUCUGAUAAGAUCAAAUGCAAAUCAAUUGAAAGGGGGCAUUACUUACUAUUUAGCAGUUUCAAUGAAUUGAGAAAGCUGAGCGAAAAUCCUAGCACACUCGAAGUUCUGUACAAAUCAAAUGAUUCGGUUUUCACAGGCCUUGAUGCAAACGUUAGGCAAAACAAGGUCUACUUUACAAUGAAGGACACUGGGUCUUUGUUUGAGUAUGACUUGGGAAGUAAGAAAGUUCGAUUCAUAUCUGAUGUGGGAAAUCCUAAGAAAGUGGCCGUGGACUGGAUCACAAACAAUGUCUACUACAUUGACGACUCAAUUCGUCACUCCAUCAAUGUUUGCCACUUCUCUGAUAAAUCUGCUUGCGCUCGAGUGAUCAAAUUUAAAAGGAGAGACACUGUUAAGACAUUGGCCGUGGAUGCAACAAAUAAACACUUGUUUUAUUCAGUCAUGGAAUAUGUAACAGCUACACGACCAAGAACGGUCAUAUUCCGUUCAGAGCUAGACGGUACACGACCAAAAAUGCUAACCAACACAGCUAUAGAUGUAUCAGCAAUUGAAACUGAUCCCUACAAAAGGAUUUUGUAUUACACCGACCUGCAUUCAAAAAGCCUCAGAUCUAUAAGCUACGAAGGAGACGAUCCAAGAGUGCUUAUAAAACAUGAACGAGCAAUUAUAUACCCAUCCGGGCUUAGCAUUUAUGAAAACACUGCAUUCGUCAUAAACAUGGGAUCGCCUGAAGGUCUAUGGUGUCCCCUUUAUGGUCGAAAGCCAUGUCGCGCUCUAUCCCUGAAUGUCUACAACGCUGAAGAUGUGGUGAUCGUUGCUCCUUCACGGCAGAAGGCAGGUGAAAAUAGUUGCGAAUCGAACAAAUGCUCACUUAUUUGCGUUCAAGCGAAACUUGGAGCCAAGUGCCUAUGCCAAGAUGGCCAUUAUGUCCAGCCAGGUGAGAAGUGCCCAGAAGGUGAACUGCCAGGCGCAGGACAUCGUUAUGCAAGUAAUAUGAACACGGAGGAAUCUGAAAAUGAUCACAAAAGCUCAGCAUCUCAUUCAACCACUUUAACUGUUUGCUUGACAAUAAUGAUCUUGAUUCUGGUUGCAUUGCUUGGUUAUUUGGUGUAUAGAAAGCGAACAGGACGAGGGAAUUUCAAAAUAAAUCUUAACUUUCAUAAUCCUCUAGUUCGACCUCAGGGCUCGAAUGGUAAAUCACAAGUGAAAAGCAGUAGACCAGCUAUGAGCUUUUCGAAAGGAAAAACCGAAAUGGCGCUGGAUUCAAGAAAGGAUACCUACAGAAGUGCAAGGAGCGUUGUAGGCGAAGAUUCUGACUGCGAAUCAAUGCGAGAUUUAGAGAACUUCGAUGAAAAUCCACGAGCCCGCUUAGUGUUAUAAAAAUUAAUUACUGGCCGCUACCUCUUUUUAUAUGGUACGAGUGUAAUACUCACAAUAUUGUCUAUAUUUAUUUUGCCUUUAUUGUUGUAACUUAUAUUUCCACGUAGUUUAUGCAAUUGUUGUACAAUUGAAAAAUAAAAACAAAAUCAAGUAAGACGUAAA